GUGAAGCAGUUUGAGAUCAACAUGGAUUUUAUUCUGCCGGUGAAGCGUGAAAAACAGAAGGUUGAGUUUAAAACUCCCAGUGUUAGUGUUGCUAGUAGGAAGUCUGGUUCUCCUAUAAUUAAGGUGGUUGAGGGUCCAUCACCUUCAACUAGGCAGCUUAUCAUGGAUCUUCCUCAUAGUUUGAUGACUGAUGAGGAAAUAGAUGCUCUUGAUGUUCCUGAAUAUGUGAAGAACAUGCACAAGUUGAAGAGGAAUGCGCUUGCAUUCUGUCAAGUGAAUUUGGAGAUUGCCCAGAAUAUUCGGGAGGAAGGCGAGAAGCUGUCUCAAGACAGUAUUUCUCUGGAUGAUAGUGAAGUAUUUAACCCAGAUUUUCUGAGUCAAAUUGACGACAUAUGCAAGCGUCAUUUGGAAGCGAAAGACAGUGCAAACAAAGUUGAUCCUACAAUUUCACUAUUGGUGAAGCGGCCUGUUGAAUUGGAGUUUGGAAGAAUUGAAAAUGUUCCUGAUUUGGAUUCUGGUGUUCAUGGAGUUGAUUUGAAAGAAGGAAAUGAUGAAAAAGAAGGAGAGGAGGAUGAGAAGAAGAUGAAUGCUGAUGAUGAUCAGCAUAAAGAAGAUGAUGAUGAUGAUGAUGAUGAAUGAUGAUGGUGAUGAUAAGGAUCACCAGAAUUAUAAUGAGACAAAGGAUGAUGAUGCUGAUGAUAAUGGUGAUCCUGGUCUUCAAGAAGAUGAAGACAAAGGAGGAGAUAAGGAUGCUGGUCUUCAUGGAGAUGAAGACAAAGGAGGAGAUAAUGGUGAUCCUGGUCUUCAAGGAGAUGAAGACAAAGUAGGAGAUAAGGAUGCUGGUCUUCAUGGAGAUGGAGAGGAAGGUGGAAGUAAGUUCUUCUUAUUGUAUUGUUUUAGUUUGCUUAAAUGAAAAAGUUAAAUAGCUAACUGAAAGAAUAAAAAGACCAACUGAAAAGUCUGAUAUUCUAACUGAAAUAAUAUUAAUACUAGCUGAAUAUCAUAUAAAUACCAAAUGAAACUUUUUGUAUUUGUUUUUAUUUAAUCUGGUGGAAAAAUAGUUUUAGUUUGUCAAUGAAUUCAUUCAUUUUUGAUUUUGUGUUUUUCAGUUAUUGUGUAUUUAUUUAUUUUUUUUAUUGUUUUUGUUUUUGAAUGAAGAUAAUGAGAAAGAACGAAGGAAGAUGAUAAUAAGAAGACUGGCAAUGCUGAUGAUGAUUGUGGUCUUCAAGGAGAUAAAGAGGAAGGAGGAAAUAAAGAGUUGGAUGCUGGGGUUCAUGCAGAAGGAGAGAAAGGAGGAAGUAAGUUUCUUUUAUACUUUUCCUAAUUGAAAGAAUUCAAAGACCAACUGAAAAAUGUGAUGCUCUAAAGGAAAUAAUAUCUUAUAAAUAGCAACUGAGCUACUGUUUUAGUUUGUAACAAUAUGAAAACGAAUUGAAAAAUAAAUAGGAAGUAAGCACUAUAAAGAUUACCUGAACAAUAACUGAUGAAGUAUUAUAAAGUGUAGCUGAAAAUGAUUGUAAUAGUAUCAAAUAAAAGAAUAAUUAUACUAAAUGAAAUAAAUUAAGGACCAACUGAAAAGAAAAUAAGUCUAA